ACGCAAAGGAUCUUGUAGAUAACGUUGAAGAAUGAUGUAUCAUUAGGCAAAAUGGUUUGUAUAUUUUAUUUCCUUUUGUUCUUAAUUUCUUAUCGUUUGUUGAACGCUGGGUUUUAAAUAUUUAUCACUUUCAUGCAUAGGUAAUUUAGCGAGAGUUCUUUAUUGAGGUUUGAUCUUAAAAACAUGUUAAAGGAAUACGAAAUUGGUUGAAAACAACGCAAAUAGCUAAACGGCUUUGGGGCGAAAAAGCCUAGUCUUCUCUUGCAUUCAUAUCUUGCCAGGCUUGCCUUGCUCUAUAUACGCGAACCAAGUACGCUCAAAGUAAUAACGAUAUUCAAUUACUUUUCGACACUUAGUUGCCAUGGAAUAAAUAAUGCAUUGGGUUUCAUUCGAUCCCUCAAUAAUCUUUUCACAUAUCUUCAAUCUCGGAUCUUUAUAAAGCAUUCAAGAUGAGAAAAGUGUAAAAACAUCAGUUGUUGAAUUGCAAUGAUGCGACUGAAUUUUAUCGUGAGUGAUUCCUUAGUAUUUCAUGUCAUACAUAUCUAGCCAAUCAAUGUUAUGAUUGCUGCUGCUUCACAAUAAAAAUAUUGAAAUGAAAACAGCUGGCUUUUUACGACAGUGCUUUAUAAAUAAGGCAUUAUUUUGGGGACAAUAAAUAUCAGCCACUUAUGUUGACUUAUCUAUUUGGCCUGCCGUCUUAACGUGGAGUAACUGUGGACACAACCUUUGCAACAACCUUUAUUCCUAAACUGUUCCUUUCCUCGACUCAUCAAUAUCCACAUGGAGGUAUGUCUUUAUAUUCUUAUAAUUCGUCAUGUGAGUUGAAAAUCGUAUUACCUAAACAUCUGCUUUAACUGAAGUUGAAUUGAGAAGCAAUAUUAAAGUUAAACGUAUUUAGUAAAAUGAAGUGUCGGGAGAGACUAUCAGUCGGCCCAUAUUCAAUGCAAUCGACAUAAUUCUUUGAAGAAGAAUGAUUUUUAUUGUUUUAAGAAAGUUUGCUUGAUUUUAUUGCUAGAUAAUUUGCAUACGUUAAGUGUGCGUUUUAGUUUGACUUAAUAUAUAAUCUCACGCAGGCCAUGUUUUGACAAGGAAAUUUUCAGCAGUGACUUACACUUGCAACUGAACUUAGAGCCAUGUUAUCUAAAAAGUCAUUCGACUUAGUCCAGAGAAAUUGUGAAAAUGGCCCCGCACUGUUUACUCUGCUGAAAUAUGUCAUCCCAUUCCCUUAAGACUAUGACUGAAAUAUGUCAUCCCAUUUCCCUUACAACUAUGUAAAGAAAGUGUCGACCGCUGGCCAUGCUCACAAUUUUUUGUGACUACAUUUUAGUCUUUUAGAUACCAUAUGCUGAUAUGCAUGGCUCUGUAUCCGAAAUUGCUUUGCAACUAGUUAAGAAAAAUUGCCAUAUGUGACAUGUGAUAUGGGCCAUGGCCUUUGAACUACAUCAACAUAGGUUUUAAUUCACAGUGACUGCUAGCGUGCGUAGCGGCGUUUAUCUGCGGACUAAAGCCAUGAUCAAAAUAGAAUGAGAGUUGAUGAAAGCUGUUGGCAGUCGCGAAUUGUAACUAACAAAAUAAGGUUUGAUAAAUGUUCCAGCUACGUUUUAUCUCAACUAGAAUACAUGAUAAUGUUGGGAAAACAUGAAGAAUAGUAAACCAAGGUCACGUGAUCUCAUCCACUCUCAUCCUUGUUUGAUCCGGGCUUAAGAAGACCAUUUGUGAUUGGUUGAUUAUAAGAAGCGAAACACAAACUAUAGAAUACUUUUCUCUUCUAUAAUUGGCUUCAGGAAGCCAAUCACAAAACAGGGGUUAUCCUGCCGCUUCAGGAAGCCAAUCACAAAACAGGGGUUAUCCUAAGGCCUUCCAUUUUCCAAAAUGGGCAGUUCUAAAUGUAAAAUUGGUACGUUCUAAAACUUAAAAUUGGCAUGAUCCUUGUGAUGUUAAUCUGAGUGUAUAUCACACCGGGCAAGCUUGAAAAAUAUGCCUGGCCACGGUGGGAAAUCGAACCUACGACCUUUGGAAACUAGCCCAAUGCUCUGCUAACUGAGUUACGCGGUCAGGUCGGUUCGAGUAUGUGAUAUUUCGGAACAGAUUACUAGAUUACAUUGAUAUCGAAGGAACUAGAUUCUGUAGCUUAGUUGGCAGCGCAUUGGACUAGUAUAAUUCCAAAGGUCGUGGGUUCGAUUCCCACCGUGGCCAGGCAUAUUUUUCAAGUUUGCCCGGAGUGGAUAUACACUUAGAGUAACAUCACAAGCGUCAUAUAUUCACCAACACAGAAUAAAUCAGUAAAAUGGGCAGUUCUAAAAGCGUAAAAUAAUAAUUUGUUAUAAAUAUAAUUAAGUGCCCAUACAGAUAUUCAAGGCAAAACAAAAUAUCACUCUGAAAACGCAGAAAAUGGAAAUUCUGGACUUCUAAGAUUAUCUUCCGGGGUAGCAUUGCCCAGGGCUCUCCUAGUUAUUCAGGCCAUGUCCAUGACCUUGUCACUCGUUACGGCCGCAGUUAUCCUGUGUUCACUACCUCACAGUCUAUUCUUGUCGAAAUGGGCAGUUCUAAUUUUUUUCUUAGGAUGAUCCCUGUCACAAAAUAUGUUUAUUUUUCGGCUCAGUUUAACGGAGGGUGAACUAGUUCGAACAAAUGAAUAAUAGCAUGUUUUUCAGUUGACAUGCAUGACAAGUGUAGUUUGUCCAACUACAGUAUAUUGCCACAAUUCUUGUGGGAGUUGUGGGCUUAACAAUAGACUAUAAUUAAUUUGUGUAAUUUGAAAGUCAAUUUCAGUUUGUUUGUUUGUCCGAAUUAGUUUGUGCUAUAAAUAACAAGCUUAAUCUACGCUAUUAACAAAUGAAAAAAAUGAUUGAAUGCUAGCCUAUUUCUCAUCGGAUGUUCUAAACAUGCACUUUCUACGCAUGUUUUGAAAUAUUUCCGACGUUUACAUAUGAAAACAUAUUUGAAGUUAAUUUUGCUUAUUUUCCAGGACAAGUUAACGGAAGAACAGGUUGAAGGUAGGAAACACGCACAUAGGAGGCACGAUACAGCUAUUAUAAAAUAACUACAGUGAAACACGCAAUUUGAUUGGUCAAUAGCCGUGCAGGAUCAGGCUAUCCUGCACGAGGAAUUAAAAUGCCUUCGCGGGAUUCUCAAAAUGUCAUUGUUUCACUGUAGUUAUUUUAUAAAACAAUUACCAAAUGGUUUUCCAAGCAGGAUAGCGUGAUCCAUGCACUUGGGAUGUUGCUCGACUUUCGGAAAGCGUAAAAAUACACUCGCCUGCGGCUCGAGUAUUUUUACGCUUUCCGAAAGUCUCGGGCGCGACAUCCCUCGUGCAUGGAUCACGCAAUCCUGCACGGAAAACUAUUCGGUAUUCCUUUAAUACAGCACGUAGUAGGCAUGAUAACCUUUUCAGCAUGUAGCACGUAUAUAGCAUAUAGCAUAUCAGUAGCAGGCACGAUACAGCUAAUACAGCUAAUAUAGCACGUAGCAGGCACGAUAUACAGGACAAUUCUGAGUAGCGCGUAGGAAGCAUGAUACAGCUACAGUAAUACAGCAUAUCAGUAGCACGUAGGAGGCAAGAUACAGCAAUACAGACACUACCAGAAAUUCGGACAAAUUCUGCACGAUAACGUUUGAAAAUGCAUUCGUGAAUUCGAGUCUCGACUGCAUGCGCACUUCUAAAUGAUGCGUUCUGAGUUGGGAAAAAUUUCAGUAGGAUCAUAACAUGGAGCUGAGACUGCAAGCAUUAAAUAUUUGCAUGCCAAAGUAUUGAACUGUUCAUUCGGCAUUAUUUGUGAUUCACUUAUAGUAUAAGUGAAACACAAAUAAUGAAAUGAUGCCGUUUUAUAGCCAUAAUAGAAUUGUCCUUGAAUAUGUUCGUAUACUAAUUUUGUUUCCUAUGUAAAGCAAAAUAGAGAAAGGUAAACCACAGAGAUUAUAUUUUCUAAUUUAAAGCGAGUCAACUGUGCGGAAACUAAUUGUUCUUUGAGGCACUUUUUGCAACAUUAUUCAAAUAAGAUUGACCAGUUGAAUUCUUUGACUGCAUAUUCUAACUCUUGCACUCUCAGCUCCAUGUUAUAACUGUAAUUUAUCCCGUCGCAGAACGCGUCAUCUGGAUGCGCAGUGGAGAUCCUGAAUGGCUUAUUAACAAAGUCCUGCAUUGAGGAUGUGUCUCACGACACCUAUAUAACUUAGAGUCAGGUCGAAUUGGAGUCUCGAAUUAAGGUGGUCAUGACAGAGUCUGUGGUGGCUCUACAUAUAAAAAACGCACAUGCAGUUACAGACAUGGGCGUAUGGGGCUGAUGCUUUGCGGGGCAGGGGGAGUUGAAUUUUUAUGGAGGAUUGUGAUGAAAUAACCUGAUUUUAACAUAUUUUUCAUAAAUCUGCCCGAAUGUUCUUGAUUUUUCUUAGCAUUUGCCCGAAUUUCCAUGAUUUUCCAAAAUAUGGAGGAGGGGGGGGGUGUCUAUGGUUACAGAUCGAGUGUUUCGAACAGACAUCUUAAGAUUGGUUUAGUCAGGAUCCAAGACACUUUUUGUUUCCAAUGCUUGGUUUAAAGUAAUCAAAACAAUUGUGAAUUCCUAUAUUUCAGAAUAUCGUGAUGCAUUUCGAUUUUUCGACAAAGAUGAAAGUGGAUAUAUUACGACAAAAGAACUUGGUUCAAUCAUGCGCAGUUUAGGUCAAAAUCCUACAGAAGUGGAAUUGCAAGAAAUUAUGAACACAGUUGAUUUUGACGGUAAGAUUUGUACGAGAGAUUCAAUAGUUACAUAUGCAUAAAGAUGAUCGCGUUUUUGACACUCCACUCAUUAUGAUCAUCCCCUUUGGAAACUUUUCAGUCUUUUUCUCAUCUUAUUCUGUCGUCAACUUUAUCCAGAUGCAUCAUUUUACCGUCAUUCUAACUAGAGCACAUGGUCGACAUGGACCAGGAACAAGGAAAUGAAGACAACCAAGAAAGUGAUGGAUGAAUUGUGUCUCACAAACACUUUGUCUUCCAUUCUCUGCCAUCUCGUAUCUUCUCUCUCACCAUCUUUUUCUGCAGUGAGCUCCAUAUAAAUCUGGAGUGAGAACUUGAGCAAAACCAAGCUGGAGCUAUUGGACAUCAAAUCCAGUCCCUUUCUCUUGUUUUUGUAUGCGCAGUUAACGCGAAGCUGCAAGGAAGGAAUUUCGUAUUUUCACCAGUCAAUUUGAGUAAUAAUAUUAUGGUUUUAUGAACUGAUCAUUGGUUUAGCGAUAUGAACCGUUAGAAAAAACUGGGAUUUUGGACGUCAAUUUCUGUGAUCUUGGUUUAGCUUUUCUUGUAGACCGAAUGACUGAAAUUCUUGCUCCAGAUAUAUAUACAUAGAGAGAGAGGUCAGUGACUCAUUCAGUCGUAUGCAUUUCAUCUCCACUACUUCCACUUUCUUCACUUGUACUUCCUUCACAACGUUUCAAUAUUCCUGGCGUUUACAGGCGGUUUAACAUUAACAAUAUAGGCUGAUAAUACGAUAAGCUCACAAAGAAAGGAAAAGGAACAGGACUUUCGCCCCAACUGACACCUAACCCCUAUAAUGUUUCUAUAGCGAACUGGCGCCUUGACUUGGCGUUACUGUUUCUUGACAACUGUCAGCGUAAUUCUUAAUGGCCAAGCUUGAAAUAUUUGAUAAAAACACCAGGGGCCGGUUGUAUAAAACUCUUAAUCACUUUUUUAAUCACUAUUUUGUAGUUAAAUAGUGAUUAACUCCCAAAUACGCACUUCUUAUUGGAUGACGUUUGCACUUAGUUAUGGUUAAUUUUAAUCACUUUUUUAUACCAGCCCCUGCCGUUUUGUUUUAAAACUGGUGAUUAAAUUUUUGCAAUUAUAUUUAUUAAUAUUUCUAGGAAAUGGCACAAUAGAUUUCAAUGAAUUUGUGAACAUGAUGAUAAAUAUCAAUAACAACACGUUGGACGAAGCAGAGUUAGUAGAAGCGUUUCGGACUUUCGAUAAUGAUGACAAAGGAUAUAUAUUCUCUUCAGAACUACGCUCAGUAUUGCGUUAUAUUGGAGAUAACAUUCCAGAUGAAGAAAUUAACGAUAUUGUUAAAGAUGCUCGGCAUGGUUUUAACAGAAAGAUCUUAUUCGAAGGUAACAACGGCUUGACAUGCAAAAAUUCUUUCAUUUACAUGUUUAAUUGAAUACAAAACCAAAUAAAAACAAAAAGUUUUAAUAUUUGCAUUGAUGGGUACUAGGUCUUUUCUACAAAUAUGUACACUGUUAAUUCCUACAUUGCUCCAUGGAGUGCUACUCACUGAGUAGUGAAGUGGGAAUACUCAUAUUUCGCAAGACUUGAAAUUAGUACAACUGUGAGGGUCCUGAAGGGGUAAAUGAGAACUGGCAUUUGUCUAUUUUUGGGCCGGGAAAAUGUGAUUUGGGUUACUGGGAAAGAAAGACACAGAAUGGGAAUUGGGAAACUAAAAUACCAAUAUAAAAACAAGUCCAGGAAAACUGAAUUUAAGCGACGUAUGGCUCAAUGAGGUAAUUUCCAUGCUAUUGUAAUAAGUCAGUCAUAUACCUUUUUCUCGACAAAACUGGUUCUAAAGCGGGCAAUUGAACGCAGACGCCGUUACGCCGUAGACGAAUUAUACUUGCAGCAUGAUGUGAAUAGGGAGCAUACAUUUCAAUAAUUUAUUAUUUCCAUGUAUUUAAGCGACAAUUAUUUGGCUAAAAGUUCAUUUCAAGAAAGAAAACAAGGUUAUGGUGUCGUGAGCCCAUGCAUCAGUUAUGGUGGGACAGGUAUAAUGCUUCGCUAUUAUUUUCCUUCUAGAAUUCAAGCAGAUGGUCAAACCGUGAUCACAGUAUCAAAGUAGAGUGAAAACAGAAGUGUGAUCUGGCGUGUUGUGGUUCAUGCAAGAUAGUGAUGUGGAAAUCUGACAGAAAUUGUCUGGAAAUGAUCUUCCAUAAUUAUUUGUUUGCUUGCAACGCUAUACAUAAGCUAAAGACUUUGGAUAUUUCUGUUUUAUUUUCCUGUUAGUUCGAAGUUAGCAGACAGAAAGCUGCCAUGGCAAAACAGAUACGUAGAAACGCAGGAAUUCUGUUCAAAUCUACUGCAACGUCACCUAUCACGGCUUUGUUUUGCCACCACAGAGACAUUGAAACAAACGAACACGCUAGGACGUGACACGUUAAGUUGGAAAACAGGCUUCAUACCUUAUUGAUUGACUAUCUAUUGUGUAAACAUUUAUAUUUAGUAAAGGAGCAACUGGUAAUCGUUGUAGCAGUGGCGACGGAACAGGGGGAGGAGAAGGGAGGGCUAAAGGGAAAACUCUACUUUGUCUUUGGCAUACAUAGAGAAAAAAUGAGGAAAGAAUUUGAGAGAAGCGGCAGGUGUAUGAAUAACACCAAGAAAUGAAAUAUAUUAGGUCUGGAAAUCCCCCACCCUCCCUGUCGCCACCAAUUCCAGGAACAUUUUACGAUAAAGAAACAAUGUUUAUACGUCGGGCAAUUCCGUGAAGCCCUCCCCCUCCCAAAAGAAAAUAACAACUGUUUCGCCGCCACUGCACUGUAGAAAUGUUUUGGUUGAAAUAUUUUAUUUGCUAAAAUAAUGCAGUUAUCUGGUCAAGUUUGAAGAUGUUAUAAAAAGCAAUAUGUAGUGACAUGAAAAUAACGCACGUGUACCCAGGGCAUUUGUGGCCAGGUGAUUUACGUAAUUCAACAUCACACAUCGUUUCUGUAAUUCACUUUUAACAGCUAUCAUGUUCUAGGCUGAAAAUAAUCACAACUGUAUGGAUGUACAAUAUCACCAGUCUCUUAAUGCAAUAACUACGGAAGGGAUGAUAAAAAAUCAUGUACACUGGAUAUUUUGCAAACAAAGACGAUUACCUGGAGUACCUGGGCUUGCUCGCCUACCUUAUAGUUGCAGAGUGUUUAUAUGCUUUGUCUGUGCAAAUAUAAUUUGACGUAAGCUGUAUAUGACGUUCUCUUGACACAUUUUAAUUUUAGAAUGAUAAAAUCAAAUGAUGGACGGUAUAACUACUGUAUAUAUUGAACUGGUUUAUAUAGGUUAUAUAAUUAUGAAAUUUACUCACAAAAGUGGG